AUGAUUGUAAAUAGAACAACAGAAUAUAGAAAGUUAACAAAAAAUUCAGUAGAAUUACAAACAAACAAUUCAUAUACAGAUAUAAUCAAUCUAUUAUUAACUUUAAAAGAAAAUUUUAAGAUUUUAGAUAAAACUAGUCUCUAUGAAACAUAUAAGAUAGAUCCAUUGGUAAGAAAUAUAACACAAGAGCUAGAUAAACUAGCAAAGAUAGAAAUAAAAGAAAUAGAUGAAAAUAAUAAAAACAUAAAAAGCUUUAUAAAUAGAAAAAUACUUGAGUAUAAUUUGAAACUAAAAACAGUUAAAAAGAAAAUCACUAGAAAUAGUCAACUGUUGAUAGAAGAAGAAAUAAAAACUAAACAUCCAAAUCAAGAACAAUAUGAAGAAAGUACACUCAUUAGAGGAAGUAAAGGAAUUUCAAAAGAAAUGAUUAGAGAAAGAAAAAGAAUUGUAAACACAAUAACCGAAAUAGGAAAUGUUCUUGAGGAUAUCAAUAUCCACGUGUCAUUACAAGAAGAAAAAUUUAAAAGAAUUGAUGACAUCAUUGUCAAUACAGAAAGUUACAGUAAAAGAAUAAUUAAAGACUUGGGAGUUAUUUGGAAUCUAAUAAGCACUAGAAGACAGGGAUUUAAUAUUUUUUUCAUAUUCUGGUUUUUGAUAAUAAUUUUAAUUUAUUUUAGCAAAAAACAUUAA